AUGGCUGAAAAAGGAAGACAGACAAGUCCAAGUAGCGAAAGUAAUGAUGAUGAAAAAAUAGUUAUGGAAACACCGGCAAGCGAUUUAGUCGUGACUAAAUAUGCAAUGGCAGCCGAUAUCGUUAAUGCUGUCUUGAGAGAACUAAUAACAGCUACAAAAGACGGUGUCGAAGUAGGUGAAAUUUGUGAUCUCGGCGAUAGGCUUAUGAAUGAGCGAUUAGCAAAAGUUUUUAAAAAGGAAAAAGAUACUUUGAAAGGCAUCGCUAUGCCAACAUGUAUUUCAAUCAACAAUUGUGUGUGUCAUUUUUCUCCAUUGCGAAGUGAUCCACCAAUAAUUAUCAAGGAUGGGCAAAUGGUGAAAAUUGAUCUUGGAGCUCACAUUGAUGGUUUUAUUGCAACUGUUGCUCACACCGUCGUUGUCGGAGCUUCUCUAGAAAAUAAAAUAAAAGGCAGGAUGGCAAACGUGAUGCUUGCUGCGUACAAUGCUAUGGAAGCAGCAGUUCGCAUGCUUCGUCCAGGGUUAUAUAAAAACAUAGAAAUUACAGAUAUGAUCGAUAAAAUAGCAAAUAUAUAUAAGGUAAGGCCAGUUGAGAAUAUGCUGUCACAUGAAUUAAGGAAGAAUAAGAUUGAUGGGGAGAAGCAGAUUAUUCAAAAUCCUGGUGAAAAGCAACGUUCCGAAAUGACGAAAUGUAGUUUUGAAAAAUUUGAAGUGUAUGCUAUUGAUAUUCUAAUGAGCACUGGUGAAGGCAAAACUCGUAUUCUGGAUUCGAGAACUACAGUUUAUAAAAAAGUGGAUGAUCUCGUUUACUCACUCAAAGUUAAAGCGUCAAGAAUGUUUUUAUCGGCAGCAGUGAACAAGUACGGACUAAUGCCAUUCACUUUACGGUCAUUCGAGGAUGAGAAACUAGCGAAAAUGGGUGUAGUGGAAUGUGAACGUCAUAAUCUAAUGCGGCCAUAUCAGGUUUUCUAUGAACGAGAUGGUGAGUAUGUGGCGCAGUUCAAGUCUACAGUAUUAAUCAUGCCUAAUGGAUUAUUGAAGAUUACUGGGUUUCCUCUUGAUAUGAAUACGCUAGAAAGCGAUGUAAAAAUCGAGGAUCAGUUGAUCACAUCUUUAUUAAACUCCUCACUGAAACCUAAAAAAGCAAAAAAGAAGCCGAAAAGCGAUAAGAAAGACGAGAAUAAUGGCACUCAGAAUAAAGAUGGUAUUAUGGAGCAGAAAGGGAAUGUUGAUACCCAAAGUGUGAAUUUGAAGAUUCGGAAUUUGGAUAAGAAAUCUGUGCUAUCUAAUAAUAGGGAUAGUGUGAAAGCCGUACAAGAAAAUUAA